AUGCAGGUCUUUUACUCCGGCACUUCGCCUCAUGUCGGCGCCUCAGUCACGUUGCCGCAUCCGUUUCAGCGUGCACCAGCGGCAUGCCAGGUUUGUCGCACCAAGAAGGUCCGCUGCGACGCGAGGGAUGGGAAACGAUGUUCCAAUUGUGCAUUCGCCGGUGUCCAAUGCGUCCUGAUUCCAAAGAAGCCUCGCAAAAAACCAAGGACAGAUAGCCAUAUCCUUCGUGCUCCGGCGUCUCCGCCAGAAGAGUCGUUUGCUGCGGCCAGCAGCACAGAGCGACUUCCCGUGCCUCUGCGGAAUGAGGUUGGACCAACAGACGUCGACGAACUUGGAGCCCAUUCUGAAGAAGAAGAAGAAGGGCACUCACGACUCGAUUCAGCUGCAUCAUUGGAACCGCCGUGGACACCAGGUGGUCCGCGCCGACCACAGUCGUACUCUCACACUUCACGCAACCUGUCGACCUUUCCUUCCGGCGCGCGAUUUGAAUCGCCGGUCCUGGAUCUUCCCGACUACAUCAAGCCCCUGCCUGCGCAUCUAGGCGCAGACGAUAUCGAGUACUUACGAAAGAAAGGUGCAUUCUCAACGCCAGGCCCAGCCCUCACAGAAGAGUGUCUGCGGUGUUAUGCCCUCCACGUUCAUCCGUUGUACCCGGCUGUGGACCAUGUCCAGGUACGGUCCAUAUUACGCGAGCCUUCUGCCAAUAAGGGCAGAUUGAGCCUCUUGCUGCUGCAAGCAAUGAUCUUCGCAGGGAGCAUGUGGGCGGAUGUCAGACUUGUACGUAGCGCUGGCUUCCUCUGUCGAAAGGCUUUCAGGCAAACCCUUCAUCAAAGAAUCCGUUUCUUGUACGACGCAGACUACGAGGACGACCGAUUGACAUUGGUCCAGUCCUUGUUGCUAUGGUCCUUUUGGUGGAAAGGACAAAAUGAACAGAAGGACGGCUGGCAUUGGAUUGGAGUGGCUCAUUCGAUCGCCCGUACGAUCGACCUACAUCACCUUGCGCAGGAUCCAGGCUCAAAUCCGGAGCGGCACCACCUACGUAAACGACUCUGGUGGGCAUUGUGCACCCGCGAAACUAUCGGGUCCUUCGGCUUGAGUCGCGCUCCCAGAAUCAAAGAUGCCGACCACGACGUCCCUAUGCUUGACUUGGACGAUUUACCUUACGAGAGCAUGUCGGGUGCGUCAUCCGACAUGGCUUACCUUAGCGAGGCUCAACACCACGUCCUGGCCCGACUGACCAUUGAGUUUGUGAAACUGAACCGCAUCUUCGCCAGAAUCCUCGGCGUUGCCUGUCCUGAAAAUGCGGCGGGCAGGACCGCUGUGCUGUAUUCCGCUCAGCAGAUGGAAGGUUCGAACAAUGUGUCCUCGAGAAGGCAGCUGAAUAUUCAAGACCUCAACGCCUGCGAGGAGGAACUGGCCCGCUGGCGGCAACAGGUGCCCCAAGACCUCUGGCACGCGGCACCUCUGCCAUUCAGCCCUACCGAAUGGCGCAAGGCCGAGCUGUGCCAUUGUGGAAUGCUGUGGAUGAUGUACCACGUGGCCAUGAUGAUCAUCCACCGGCCGCAGAUGCUUCCUUCUGAAUCGGCCCCCCCAAGUCCAUCGGGAACAUCUGAACGAAACAGGAAGCGUGCAUCGCGGGCAAUUGUAAGGCACGCCGCCCAGGAGAUCACAAGCAUAGCAAUGGACUUUUACCGUGUGGAUCUGCUCACCUCGAUGUCGGCGACCGUGGUCAGCUGUCUCAUGCCCGUCAGCAUCCAUCACGCUUUUGACAUGUUUUCCGAGGAUGCGACGAUCCGAGCUGGGGCUUCAAGGCAACUGGACGAGUGCCGGGCAAUGCUUUAUACCCUUUCGGAACAGCAGUUUGCUCCUGCCUGGAUAUUGCGGACGGUCGAGCAUAUCCUGAACCGAGCUAGACAGCAGGGCAGCUCGCCAAGCGCCUCACGACUCACCCAGCGGGCUCAAGGCCAGGCGGAAAGUCGUCUCGCUCAACAUGAAAAGCGACUGCCCGCGAACGAGGCCAGGAUUGAUUUCGAGCCACCCUCGAUCGCCAAUAAUGAUGCACCACUCGGAUCGUCAGGGCGUCACAUGGACUCCCAGACAGGCACCGCCGCAUCGAAUUUCCGGACGCCGCCUGCCGGGACCACGUUGACGAAUCCGAUCGGCAGCCAACCGGAUUGGACAUCAUUCUUGGACAAUCCAGAAGGAUGGCCAGAUCUUCAGGUACCGCCACUAUCAGGACCAUCAUACAAUUCUGGAGCCCUUGGAGAAAUGUGGCUGGAUUUCGCCAGCGUCUCCGACGCCGUUGCCGGCUUGGGUUGGACGAAUAGCAAUUUCUGA